UGCGAACGAUUGAGAUUGUCGUCAUUCUUCCAUAAUUGCAUAAAAAUUGAAGCGGUCAAGCAUCACCAUGUCAGACUGGUUUUCCGCUGCCGAGCCCAUCGACAACGAAGAGGAAGUCGAUGUCUGGGGCAACGCCUCCUCCUUGAAAGAAGACAUUGUCCACCACGACAAGCUUCCGUGCCCCACCCGCAGGUCUCCCGUUCUCUGCCGCAACGGAUGCGUUGCUUCCAGCCAGCCACUCGCCUCCUCGAUCGGUCUGGACCUCCUGCGGAGGGGGGCCAACGCGGCGGAGGCCGCUAUUGGUGUCUCKGCAGCCCUGUGUGUAACAGAACCUUGCUCAUGCGGACUGGGAGGAGAUAUGUUUUGUCUGUACUACGAGGCUUCCACGAAGAAGGUCACUGCCGUGAACGGGAGCGGGCGAUCUCCAUCCCGGCUUACCCUGGAGAAGGCGAGGGCCGACUGUCCCAACGAAGAAGACUACAAGUUUUCGGCGCACGCCGUUACGGUUCCUGGAACAGCUAUGGGAUACGAGGAUUUGCUGAAGAAACACGGAUCGGGAAACUUCACCCUGGCGGACCUCCUCGAGCCUGCGGCUAAAUUGGCCGAGGAGGGGUUUCCURUCCAGACCACCACGGCCCACCACUGGAAGGCAGGCAUGGCUCAGAUCGUCAAGUGGUUGGAAAAGGGGGAAGMUGUUCCCUUAUCGGUGGACGGAGAGCGAGGACCAGAACCCGGUGACAUAGUAUACAACCCAGAUAUGGCUCGGGUUUUGCGAGACCUGGGUGCCAAGGGCGCAAAGGAAGGCUUCUAUGAGGGAGAGACAGGAAAUGCCAUUGUCGAAGCUAUUCAAAAGCACGGGGGCUUAAUGUCCCAGCAGGAUUUAGCCGAUACGAAAACAAGCUUUCCGGAUCCAAUUUGUGUGAGCUACCGCAACGUCAAGCUGUGGGAGGUACCGCCGAACGGACAGGGCAUCGCUGGGUUGGUUGCCCUCAAGGGUAUCGAGACCCUCGAAGAGGAAGCUUGCAGCUUUGAAGAUAUUGGAAGCCGCUCAUCGUACCAUAGGAUGAUCGAAAUGAUGCGUCUGGGAUUUGCCGAUGCGAGGGCCCACGUGGGCGACCUCGACCACAUGAAGGUGAAAUGCGAUAACAUCCUUGACGAAGAACGCCUAUCGAAACGUGCCGAGGAUCUAUUUGACCCCCUAGCAGCAACCAUUGCAGGAGUUCCAGACCCCAGCAGUUGUACCGUGAGUUUCCAGGUUGUCGAUAAGGAUGGAAACGCGAUUUCCUUUGUUAACUCGAACUACAUGGGAUUCGGAACAGGGAUCGUUCCCAAGGGCUGUGGAUUCUCCCUCCAGAACCGUGGUUUUGGGUUCUUGAUCGGGAAGGGUUCCGAAAACCAUCCAAACGUGCUGGGACCCUCGAAGCGGCCCCUCCACACUAUCCUUCCGGGAAUGCUUACAUACAAACACACGGACGAUCUAUACGCGACCAUAAGCAACWUGGGUGGAAACAUGCAACCACAAGGGCACGUCCAGCUGACGGUUCACAUGGUCCGUUCUGGACUAGAUCCCCAGGCUGCAAUUGACAUGCCCCGCUUCUGCAUUGCCGACGGGACCCAGCAGGGCAAGGUAUUGAUGGAAAAGGAGGUUCCCAGUCACGUCGUCCGAGGGCUCAAGAACAUGGGCCACAAGAUCCAGGGAAACGUGGACGGGCUCUCUCGUGCCGCCUUCGGUCGCGCCCAGAUCAUCAAGAGAGAUCCGAAGACCGGAGUUUUGUGGGCGGGAUCCGACGGCCGGGCCGAUGGGUGUGCCAUGGGGUACUAAAGACGUAACCGCUAAGUAAGAAAAAUAGUGAGCGUAUUGAUUACUGGUUGCCAGCCCACGGACUCCUAGCUACUCCUAGUGUGUGCAAUACAUAUACAGAAACACA